AUGACUACAAUUGGUGAAGUGUAUGUAGAUUGGAAACCUAUCGCUUGUACUCGUAUAGUCAUAGCUGACUUCAACUCUUCGUCAUCGUUAUCAUUAUCACCUCUUAUAUCAAUUGAAAAGAAAUCAAUGCCAACACAACAACAAGAAUCUUGUUGGCGAUAUUCUUCAAUUACUGCCUUGCGUGGUGGUAGUAGUCAUCGUUGUUUUGUCAAACAAGCUGCAUGGCUUCGUGAUGGUCUAUCACUAAUUGGUGCAAAAACUGAACUCCAGUUGUUUAGUCAAUGGCCAUCAGAUAAUUUUUAUAAUUUAUUUACGUGA